GUGUUUGUUAUGCUUCAAAACGUUUCUUUAAGGACGUCUGUGAAAAGCAAAGAUAUAUUUCUAAAACUGUUGUUCUGGAAAGCUCCUUCUCCAUCUUGCAAGUCCCCAUGUACUGCCUGACUAAUAAUGUCUUUCUUAUUGAAUCUUAAAGCCUGCCUUUAUUGAUUGAAAAUAUUUUAAUGGCGAAUCAGGUAGUCAUCAGAACAACAACAAAAACAAGAACUCAAAACGUCUGAGAUACAUCAGUGUUAUGAUUAUAAAUGAAUUUCAGUUUUUGAAUUGAAUCACACUGGGCUGCAUAAUGGCACUGUUUCCUUGCAGCAAGAAAGUCCUGGGUUCAAAUCCUGGCCCAGGGUCCUUCUGCAUGAAGCUUCCAUGUUCUCUCCCUGUGCAUGCUCGGGUUCUCUCCGGGUACUCUGGCUUCCUCCUACUGUCCAAAAACAUGACUGUUAGGUUGAUUUAUUGCCCUGCGAUGGAUGGACUGGCGAUUUGUCUAGGGUGCAACCCGCCUCUCGCCUGUUGAUGGGCUGGAGAUAGGCACCAGCAUUUGUUGUAACCUCACUAGGGAUAUUGGACAUAUACGACUUUACUGAGAUGCCCCUUUACGCUUUGUGCCUGAUGUUAUGGGCUUCUGUUUCCACAGUACACCAGAGACUUAACCCAGCAUGUCAUCCACACCAAAUCAAAGCCCAGCUUUCACUUGCUCUAGCGAACCUGCUGGUCUGUCAGCUAAACGUAAGAGAAUGAAACAUUUCUCCAAAAAGCAGUUGAACAGCUUACGGAGAGAUUGUCGAAUAAACAUUGGCGGGGCCUUUCAAAGUUGGCGCGACCUCAAAGAUUCACAUGGAUUCAGGUCUGAUGCAGAGGUGGCCUUGCAUCUUCUUAAUGAAACAGAGACAUUUCCUCCUGUGUCUGGACCUGCUCAAGCCGGCAACAUGAGGCUAAAGAUCUCCCAAUCAGAAGUGCAAGCUCUGAUAGAGCAGGAGGUCCAUAAAGCUGUGGGAAAUAAAGAAAGGCAGAUUGAGAGCAUUAUACAACACAUUCAAGACACAAAUGAUGAAGCCAGCUUCGUAACGUCCAUUCAGAGACUAGAGAGUCGAGUCGAUGCCAUAACGAGGAGAGCGGAGGUGGCUCUCUCCCACUUAGCAAGUAUUCAGGGACAGAGUUCUGCGGCCUCCACUGGUAACACUGACAUCCUCGGGAAAGGCCCAGAGCACGACCCUCUGGAAGCCUCGUCACGGAUAGACUCAAUCAGAACAAAUUGUGAAGCAAAAAGUGGGGAGCUUCUCAAAAUGAUGGACACAACAAGAAACGCACUGAAGAAUAUUCGUGCUGACAAUGAGGUGUUGACCACUGCCUUGGCAGAUUUAGAUGACCCUCCUCCUGUUCUGACGCCUCUGUGUUCUCCUGUUUCUAAGGAAAGAAAAGUGGGACAAAACAAUCAGUGGUCAAGUAAUGAAGAUUUAUGUGAGAGGCCGCCGCCACCGUGUCUUAGUCCCUGUGACUCUCCAGAACUUAAGAAGAUUGCCAGUAUAAAAACAGAAGCAACAGGUUCCCGCAACGAAGACCGCGAUAAUGAGAAUCAAGACCAUUUCGACGAGCCCAUGGCUAAAUGGUUAAAAAAAGAAGCUUCCUCUCCUCACCACAGUAGGAGUCCCACAUCCAAUGAUUUGGAAGGCAUAGAGUCGAUGAACAAUGCGGAGGACAUGCUCAUGUGUCCACCUCUUCCCGACAUCCCCUUCCCAGCCGUCCUGAAGAAGGAAGCAGCUUCGUACAAGAUGCCUCCGAGAGUAGACGUAAAUCUGGCCUUCAUCAGGAAUCCGACUCGAGUCUCCGUCCUCUGGAACGUGGAGGACAAAGACCCCAAUUUGCCACCGAUGGAAAGCUACACCAUCCUGCUGACGAUGGAGACCUCUAAAGGGAGCGGCGUCUUCCUCAAGUGGGAUACUUAUGAUAAACUGCAGGCCAAGUCUCUGCCCAUGUGCGCUCUGAUCAAUAAGUUCAAGCGUGGGCACAAGCUGUGUGCUGUUGUGGUGGGCAAAGACAUAUUUGGUCGCUACGGACCCUAUAGUAAAGUUGUUACGGCGAUCCUACCGGACUAAUUCAGAAGAGGAUGCAGGCAGGACGACUUUGAAACCUAAAAGCUUUCAUUUGUUGCAGAACUAUUUGUAAGUAAAACAAUAUGCACUCAAAUGCCUGUAAAAUUAAUUAAACACUGUAGCCUUAGAAAGAGGUCUCUUAAAAGUUUUAGUCAGGUUCUAGUUUUUUAAAAUAAUUGCAGGCAAUCAAGAUUUUAACAAAAUGUUGGAUUUUGUUUAUUUGCUAAUAAAGUUCACUUUUAAAUGUUACUUUUCAUCAGCUGUUACAUUUUUUCCGUUGUAAAGUCAAAACGAUUUAACAUAUUUUAGCAUAAAUUUUGUUGAAUAAAAUCUUUGUUACAUUUUACUUGGAUAAUUUACUGGCGUUUUUUGAAUCUUAUGAACGCUAAAUGUAAUUUGUAGCACAACAUCAGCGAGUGCCUUUCUGUGUGCUUAAAAGGUCAACCUGUUCAUUUCCUUGUUUUAAACCAGUUAGAACAUUUGCAUUUCGGGUUUCUACACUAACGUCAUUGUGCUGAGCAACAGCCUCUGCUUUGUUUGCUCGUGUUUGAGUUUCGGGCUUUCAGCCUCUGCUGAAUCCAAAAGAUGACAUCCAUUUUUCUCAGUCAGGUCAUGUUUUUAUUCAAAUUUGAUUUAGAGAAAUCCGAUCUGACUAAAUUGAUGACAUUUUUGUGACAUUAUCAGUUCAUUUACGUUAAUUAAUUCUCAUCCAAAUAAAGGUUUUAGGAGAAAAAAAAUUGUUUUCUAACAGAGAAUAUUAAUUAAAUGUUACAAACUUGGAUUUCUGUAAAUUGAAUAAUAAACACUGAUAAGGGUAAGUACAUGUAAAUUGAACAUUACAUCUUCAUUGUGCAAAAUUCAGGGCAUGAACCUCCGUUUUUUCGAACACCUCGUAUGCAGGGAUGUCUCUCGUCAGAGUCCAACACUAAUCAAUAAUCAUGACUGCAUCCCAAACUAAUAUGUAGCUUAGUUCAGAAAGUUGACCUGAUUGAGAAAAACCAAUGUGAUUUUUAGAUUCAGCACAUCAAAAUCACCCUAAAACAGCUGAAAAACUCCAGACAAUUACUUGACUGUUGACCAGUGGAGUUUUUACCUGUUAACCCAAAAAUCUGUUUACAAACUUUGUAGAUUUAAACACCUAUAACAUCCAGAGCUCAUACGGAUCUUUUUCACAUCUUUCACAUUGCAACCACAAUAUAUUUAAAUACUUCAAUGUAUUUUAUUUGGAUUUUAUGUCACAGACCAAGACACAAAAAAAGCAUGAUUGGCAAUUAAAUGAAAGGUUUGCUUUCUUCCUUUUCAAAUGGAAUUAAUAAAAUGUAAAUAUGUUUUCCCUUCUUACAUUUCCCAAGUGGUUUCCAAGAAAUACUAGCCAGGCGUUCAACAGCUUGCCAUACGAGGAAAGCAAAGUUAUCAUGUACUAGUUUGUAUCAGUAACACAUUGAGUGAGCAAUUAUAAAGAAAUAGAAAGUGUUGGGCCUGAGUGUCGCCUAGUGUGAAAUGUUUUUCCUAAAAAAAUAAAAAUCGAAUAAUAAAACAGUACCUGUUUGAUUAAAUUCUUCAUAUUUUG